AGCUAGUCCGAAAGGGAGAAGCCCAAGCACCCUACACCACCACCCCGCCGCUACCCCCCCCACCCCAGCAGCAACCAUGGUGAACUUCACGGUCGAGCAGAUGCGUGAGAUCAUGGACUACACGAAGAACAUUCGUAACAUGUCCGUGAUUGCCCACGUCGACCACGGCAAGUCGACGCUGACGGACUCGCUCGUGUCCAAGGCCGGUAUUAUCUCGGCCAAGCACGCCGGUGAGGCCCGUUUCACGGACACGCGCGCGGACGAGCAGGAGCGUUGCAUUACCAUCAAGUCGACGGGUAUCUCGAUGUUCUUCGAGUACGACAUGGACGUCGGUGAGCAGGCCACGGCCGCCGCCAUCGCCAACGAGUCGGCCGACGCCGCCGCCUCGCAGGAGGUGACCAUCUCCAAGAACUCGUACCUGAUCAACCUGAUCGACUCGCCUGGUCACGUUGACUUCUCGUCGGAGGUGACGGCCGCUCUGCGUGUGACGGACGGUGCUCUGGUCGUGGUGGACUGCAUUGAGGGUGUCUGCGUGCAGACCGAGACGGUGCUGCGCCAGUCGAUCGGUGAGCGCGUCAAGCCCGUGCUCAUGGUGAACAAGGUGGACCGCGCUCUGCUCGAGCUGCACCUUGAGCCCGAGGACUGCUACCAGUCGUUCACUCGCGCUAUCGAGACGGUGAACGUCGUCAUCGCCACUUACUUCGACGAGAAGCUGGGCGAUGUCCAGGUGUACCCCGAGAAGGGCACGGUUGCCUUCGGUUCGGGUCUCCACCAGUGGGGUUUCACCCUGAAGAAGUUCGCUCGCCUCUACUCCAAGAAGUUCGGUAUUGCUGAGGAUAAGAUGAUGCAGAAGCUGUGGGGCGACUGGUACUUCGACGCCGCCAACAAGAAGUGGACGAGCAAGAACAACGCCGAGGGCUCGCUCAAGCGUGCUUUCUGCCAGUUCAUCAUGGACCCCAUCAUCAAGAUGUUCGACGCCAUCAUGAACGACAAGAAGGCCAAGUUCGAGAAGAUGAUGAAGGCCGUGGGCGUGGAGCUCAAGUCGGACGAGAAGGACCUGUCGGGCAAGCCCCUGCUGAAGCGCGUCAUGCAGCGCUGGCUGCCGGCCGCCGACGCCGUCCUUGAGAUGAUUGUGGUGCACCUGCCGUCCCCCGUGACGGCUCAGCGCUACCGUGU